AGAAAUUGAUUUGGUUGCAGGUAUACUUACAAGGCCAUUUACAAGACAGACUUGAGAAAAGCUGUACAUCGUGAGGAAAGAAUCAUCAAAAUGAACGAAAUAUAUAAUAUGAAAGAGUCCUGCGUAAUUGAUGAGAAAAUGCUGGAAAAAGCAAUUGAAGAGCAGGGACCUAAAGAACAGGCUGGAUGUAUAGUCAAAGAAGAAGUCUUAAAUUACAACAGAGUGUCUCAUCUGCGCCUGGACUACAGACACAUCUUGAAGAUAGAAAACCUAUGGCAAUUAACGUCAUUAACCAAGCUUCAACUCGACAAUAAUAUAAUUGAAAAGAUUCAAGGAAUAGAAAUGCUUACAAACCUAGUAUGGCUUGACUUGUCUUUCAAUAAAAUUGAGGUGAUUGAAGGAUUGGAUACACUCGUGAAACUUCAGGACCUGAGUUUGUUCAACAAUCACAUCUCUGUAAUAGAGAAUAUGGAUGCACUGCAAAACCUGCAAAUCGUGUCAAUUGGUAACAAUUUAAUCAAGGAGUUGGAAAAUGUAACAUACCUAAGAAAAUUUAAGAAUCUGCGCACACUUGACCUUGCUGGAAAUCCAAUGUGCAAUGAUAACUACAAAUUUUUUGUGGCUGCGCACCUGCCAGACCUGGUUUACCUCGACUACAGGCUACUAGAUAAACAAACUCGAGAAGACGCAUAUUCCCAGUAUCAGAGUUCAGUUGAAAAGAUGAAACUCAGUGACUUGAAGGACCAGAAGGUAGCAGAGGUUCAGAAAAAGAUGGAUGAUGAUCUACAGCUGCAUGAGGAUGCAUUUGUGGAAUAUUUGAAUGGGCCUUAUCUAUUUGAAAGCCUGUUUGUGGAUGAUGUUGAGGCAUCUAAGUUGGCACACCUUCCAGGGGUUGCUACACUACUGGAAUCCUAUCAGACAGAGUUGGAGGCAUUAUGUGUGCAGAUUUUUGAAGCAGGUUUAACAGAACACACACAAAGGCAGAAUGAGAUCGAAUGCUUCUUCACUUGCUUCCAAAAGGCCAUUGCUGACAAUCAGCAGAGAGGAGCUCAACUAAUAACUGACUUUGAGAGGUCCAGGAGACAGGUGAUGGCUGAGAUGCAGCAGGCUGCAGACCACAAUUUGUUGAAAGCCAGACUCAAAGAUGAUAUCAUGCAGAUUCAUGAGACUCUGCUAACUCUGGAGAUGCAACUAGUGGCUCAGUUAGAGGACGUCAUGAAAGACUUUGAGAGAAACAUCGCAGACAUGGUUGUAGGCUUUGUGGAAAAUGUGCAAGGCAUAUUUGCUCAGUGUCGAGAUCUGGAGAACCAUCAUCAUGAGAAUGUACUGGAGAUUGCUGUGGCAACACUGGAAAAAGCGGCUAAGAAUGAGCUAGAAGAGGAUUUGCCUGACGAUGUGAAGUUGCUCUUUGUUGACAAAGACAUGGUGAUCAAUGCGGUCAGUGCGUCCCACGACAUACACCUUCUGAAGAUAGACAACAGAGAAGAUGACCUCUUGACACGGAUCAACAGCUGGAAGAAUACACUAAUAAAGACGAUACAAGAUGACGAGGUUAAAAGGAAUCGCAAACGCAUCUCAGAGAUUCAUACAUAUAUUGAUUUUGCAAAGGACCAACUGGAGGAGACACUGUUGGAUGAUUACCAGGGAACAAAUGAGAACUGACAUGAAUUGCUACUAAUUCUGAUAAUAAAAUCUUCUUCUUCUUUCGGCUGCUCCCUUAAGGGGUCGCCACAGCGGAUCAUCCAUCUCUAUACCACCCUGUCCUCUACAUCUGCCUCUUUCACACCAACUACCUGUCUUUCCUCACCACAUCCAUUAACCUAAUUCUGAUAAUAAAAUAAAACAUCAAAACAAGUAUUGACAAAACAAUAUUAUAUAGCAACAUGCCAAAAUAACUGCAGUGUUAGAAGAGGGAUAUGUCUUGUGAAUUAGGCAUCGUCGGUUGUGUGGGUAUGAACUGAGGAGGGGUGUGGGGUGGCUUUGGUUCUGUGUACAGACAUUUUGAGGGGCAGUGGCCCAAACCAAAAAAGGGGCACUAAGGGGAUGGGUGCUUGUUAAUACAAAUUAUCCAGUUGUUAUAAAUACACGGGUAAAAAAGAAAACAGCACACUUUAAUAUUUCCAGGUUUUUUUGAUUGUUUUUUCAAAAUUACACAUUGCUGAUAAUAACAGAAACUAUUUACUGUUUUACAUUUUGAUAUUUAAAUGCUCUUUUUACAGCAAAAUAUUUUUUAUAUAUUUAGAACAUAUAUAUUACCCUUUUAACUUUUUAUAGGUCUACUAUAAAUAUGAUUUUAAUAAUAUAUAUUAUAAAUAUGAUAUACUGUUGAUUACUAGUAUCAACUAAGACACAUGAUUAUAAUGGGAAAUGUGCUUAUUUACAGUGUGACAAACUUUAUAUUCUACAGGAGGAUUUAUCAGCUGCAGCUUUGAAUCCAUGUUUGCAAUGCUAAAUUGCCUUUAGCGGCCUCCAUUCCCUCUUUCUCACUCUAUAUGUCUUUGAUUUUUUAAAAGGAUUGUUUUUUUGUUUAAAAUGUGUGCCAACAACAGCAACUUCUGUGUUAUUUAUAUUAGAUCUGAUCACAUCCAAUAAUUUGAUUAGAUAUUCUAAGUUUAAGAAGGUUGAUAUUUGUAAGCACUUUUAGAAAACUAACAGCAAAUCAUUUGUGACAGAAGUAGAAAAACAAACUAACAAAUUACUAAUUCAUCUAAUCAACCACUGACUGUAAUGUGGAUUGGGGGUCAGAUAGAUGGACAGUAUUGUCACCAUAAUGCAAAGUCAGUGGGAAAGUAAUUUAGA